AUGCAUCAGUUAUAUGAAAGCAAUAACAAAAGAAAGCGGUAUUACCAUACAAAGACUUAUACCAUACCAGGGGUGGGCAAACUUUUUGCUGUGAGGGCCGCAUUGUACUUAAAGAGCAAAUUUUUUCGACCCGGGGGAGAACACGAAGGAUACUACAACAACAAUGACAACAACAAUGACAACAUCAGCAGCAACAACGAUGACACCAACUACGACAUUAACAACUACGACUUCAUCGACCACAACAACAAUAAUUACACAAACGAGCAUCAAAUGAACAUGAACAUGCAGUAUACGUAUGAUGAAUUGGGACCAAAUUAUGAAAAAUCAUUUCCCGCAAGCUCAUCUGCAACGAGCAACAUUUCAUCCGGCAACAACAACACGAACACCAACAACAUUAUCACCACCAGCAACAACGUGCUGAGUGUUGGGGAGGGUUGCAUCAUAUUUCUCAUCAUGGCGGUCUGGCUGAAAAUUGAACCACAACAUAAAAAUCCUUCUAGAUUUAAACACGCACCGAAGAACUUGGAAAACAUCAAGAUUGUUGAGAGACCAACUGACUCUGUCAUAUACAAAAGUUACACCAGACAGAUUUCAGAUAUUAUGCAGUCUCAGAGUCGUAAAACAAAAUCUCAGAAGAACUUUACCGGCAAAAUUUUUUACGGCAACAAUGAGCAGAUUGUGCGGCGAAAUGCUUUUAGCAACUUUUCACCUCAGCAAAUAGUUAGUUUUAUGCCUGAUAAAUAUUUCAACAUAUCAGACUAA